AUGCGAAAUAAAAAUAAUAUUCUGGUUCAAAUUGGAGUCCAACGUCACAACACAACACCUCAAAUCUCGUUGACUAACACUCGACAAACACCAAUUCUGUAGCUAUGGAAGCCAACACGAGUCGGAAUGGAAUUCAACAUUUACUAGCUGCAGAACAAGAUGCUCAGCACAUUGUUAAUACUGCUAGAAAUGCAAAAAUGGCUAGACUAAAACGGGCCAAAGAAGAGGCUGAGAAAGAGACUUAUCAAUUCCGUACUCAAAUGGAAUAUGAAUUUCUAAAGAAGAUUGCAGAGAGCAGUGGAGACUCAGGUGCUAAUGUGAAGCGCCUCGAGCACGAAACGGAGGCAAACAUUCAUCACCUGAAGAUAGAAGCUGCCAGAAUUUCUCAUGAUGUUGUUCAGAUGCUUCUGAAGCAAGUGACAACUGUUAAGAACUGAGCUCUUGGGGGUAAUCUGCUGAAUUUAUGAAGAAUCACUUGUUUUUUCACCCCAUAUAUAAAAACUUGGAUGUCUCACUUGAUGACUAUGAUUGAUUUAAUCUAUAUGUUUACUAUAUUCAUCGUUCGUAUUUGUUAAUCGUGUCUUGAAUCUUGAUCAUCAAAUAAAACAAUUCGAUAUGUGCCCUCUUAUGAAA